CCGCUCCCUGUCAGUCCGCCCCGCCGAGCUGCGGUCCAGCUUUCUUCAGUCUCUUAGCAAAAAUGAGCGACAAAGGUCUGUCAGACGAGGCAGCGGCAGCAGCUUGCAAAGAUGGAGACCCGGUGACUAAGGAUUUCAUGAUGCAGCAGACUAUGCUGAGGGUCAAAGAUCCAGUUAAGUCCUUGGAUUUUUACACCAGAAUCCUCGGCAUGACGCUCCUGCAAAAGUUUGACUUCCCCUCCAUGCGCUUCUCUCUCUUCUUCUUGGGCUACGAGGACAAGAAGGAGAUUCCUACAGAUGUAAAGGAAAAGACGGCCUGGACCUUUUCCAGAAGAGCCACCAUUGAGCUAACACAUAACUGGGGCUCUGAGGCUGAUGAGAGCCAGUCUUAUCACAAUGGAAACUCAGAUCCACGUGGCUUCGGACACAUCGGAAUUGCAGUUCCUGACGUCUAUGCAGCCUGCAAACUGUUUGAAGAACAAGGAGUCACAUUUGUCAAGAAGCCGGAUGAUGGUAAAAUGAAAGGCCUGGCCUUCGUUCAGGACCCCGAUGGUUACUGGAUUGAGAUCCUGAGUCCUAACAACAUGGUGUCCAUUACCUCCUAAACCUUUGACAACGUGCUGCCUGCUGCGGUUCAUACAGGCCAGACCUGCCGUGGCUUCACUGGGAGAGCAGAACGUCGGGGUUUAGCAAAGAAUUUAGCAACAUGUGCUGCAGAGCUGAGGGAAAGUGGAGCAGGAUCACUUGCAACAUGGCAAUCAGUGUGCCCUGGCAUGGGCUGGACUUAAAUUGGACAGUUGAUGAGCAAAUAGAUUAGAUACCUGAGUUAUUGCUGUGAAAAGCAACCACUUUGUGUAACUGUUGCUUUUGUUUACCAUCAUCAGUUUGUUUGUGUCUUCAAAAAGUGAUGCUGAAAUAAAGCAGUAUUACUGUCUAAUAAAUGUGAAAGCCACCGUUUAAACAAAA